AGCAAUACCAUGCUGCACACCCUGCACGUGAACGCAACACCAGGCGCUUCCGCGCACGCGCUCUGGACGUGAACGCAACACCAGGCGCUUCCGCGCACGCACUCUGGACGUGAACGCAACAUUAGACGCUUCCUCGCACGCACUCAGGACGUGAACGCAACACCAGGCGCUUCCGCGCACGCACUCUGGACGUGAACGCAAUACCAAGCGCUUCCGCGCACGGACCCUAGACGUGAACGCAACACCUCGCGCUUCCGCGCACGGACUCUGGACGUGAACGCAACACCAAGCGCUUCCGCGCACGGACUCUGGACAUGAACGCAACACCAAGCGCUUCCGCGCACGGACUCUGGACGUGAACGCAACACCAAGCGCUUCCAAAACACCAAGGGCUUCCGCGCACUAACUCUAGACGUGAACGCAACACCAAGCGCGUCCGCGCGCGGACUCUGGACGUGAAUGCAACACCAGGCGCUUCCAAAACACCAAGCGCUUCCGCGCACUAACUCUGGACGUGAACGCAACACCUAGCGCGUCCGCGCACGGACUGUGGACGUGAAGGCGUCCACUUUCAUGAGGUCUGAGCGCACUUGGAGGUGAGACUGGAAGUGUGUGCAAGAGAGUUGGGCGCCUGAGCUGAGCAAGCAACAGGAAUGUUGUAGAAGAACUUGGUGGCAGCUAAUGAUUGACGCGCGCUGCGUGCGGGAUUAAUCAUCAAUAAGAAGAAACAGGACUUGAGCUGAAUGGGGUCCAGCGUGAGGCUGCUGGUCCUGGUCCUGCUGGUCCAGAGUCCAGGCGGAAUGCAGGCGGCGUCCAAGGAGCGGGUGUGCGAGCCCAUCACGGUGCCCAUGUGCCGGGGCAUCGGCUACAACCUGACCUACAUGCCCAACCAGUUCAACCACGACACCCAGGAGGAGGUGGGCCUGGAGGUGCACCAGUUCUGGCCUCUGGUGCGCAUCCGCUGUUCUCCGGACCUGCUCUUCUUCCUGUGCAGCAUGUACACGCCCAUCUGCCUGCCGGACUACCGCAAGCCCCUCCCCCCGUGCCGCUCCGUGUGCGAGCGGGCCAAGCGGGGCUGCUCGCCGCUCAUGAGCCAGUACGGCUUCGAGUGGCCCGAGAGGAUGAGCUGCGAGCGACUGCCCCGCCUGGGCGAUGAGACCCUGUGCAUGGACCAGAACAGCAGCGAGACCACCACGGCGGCGCCGCCCUUCCCCAAGCCUACUCGGGGGCGAGCCAGAGUCGCGGAGCGAGAGUGCAGCUGCCGAGAACCUCUGGUCCCCAUCAGGAGGGAGAGCCACCCGCUGUACGGGAGGGUCCGCACGGGGCCCCUGGCCAACUGCGCCCAGCCCUGCCACCAGGCCUACUUCUCGGCGGAGGAACGCACCUUCACGGCCUUCUGGGUGGGCCUGUGGUCCGUCCUGUGCUUCGUGUCCACGCUGACCACGGUGGCCACCUUCCUGAUGGACACGCAGCGCUUCAAGUACCCAGAGCGGCCCAUCAUCUUCCUGGCCGCCUGCUACCUCUUCGUGUCUCUGGGCUACAUGCUGCGCCUGGUGGCGGGGCACCGGCGCGUGGCCUGCGCCCCCAGCGGCGAGCACGUCCUUUAUGACACCAGCGGCCCCGCCCUCUGCACGCUGGUCUUCCUGCUGGUCUACUUCUUCGGCAUGGCCAGCUGCAUCUGGUGGGUGGUCCUGUCCUUCAGCUGGUUCCUGGCGGCCGGGAUGAAGUGGGGCAGCGAGGCCAUCGCCGGCUACUGCCAGUACUUCCACCUGGCCGCCUGGGUGGUCCCCAGCAUCAAGACCGUCAUGGUUCUGGCGCUCAGCGCCGUGGACGGCGACCCGGUGGCCGGAAUCUGCUACGUGGGCAACCAGAGCCUGGGAAACCUGCGGGGGUUCGUGCUGGCGCCACUGGUGGUCUACCUCUUCACGGGCUCGCUCUUCCUGUUGGCUGGCUUCGUGUCCCUCUUCCGGAUCCGCAGCAUCAUCAAGCAAGGUGGCACCAAGACGGACAAGCUGGAGCGGCUGAUGAUCCGCAUCGGCCUCUUCACCGUGCUCUACACCGUGCCCGCUGGCGUGGUGGUGGCCUGCCUGGUCUACGAGCAGCACCGGAGACCCGGGUGGGAGCGGGCGCUGGCCUGCACCUGCGCCUUGGAGCGCCAACGUCUGGGCGCCGGGCCCGACUAUGCCGUCUUCAUGCUCAAGUACUUCAUGUGCUUGGUGGUGGGCAUCACCUCCGGGGUCUGGAUCUGGUCAGGGAAGACUGUGGAAACGUGGAGGAGAUUCUUGGCGCGCUGCUGCCCCUGCUGGCGGUACAGGAUGGCGACUCCGCCCCCUUUGUAUAGCGACACCGGCACCGGCACCGGCACCGGCUACCAUAAAGCUCCUUCUCAUAUAUGACACAAGGACGCAAUAUUUAUUGACCUACUUUUACAUGCCUUGUACAGACAUCAUGUCGGCCGGGAAUCGAACGUGCGACACCUGUGGCUAGUUUUGAUGUCUGCCCUUAAAGCUGCAGUCAGUUGGCCUCCAACACCACCUGCUGGCAGAUCAUACUUUGGACUUUUAGUCUGUAAACCUUCUUCAUCUGCUGGCGGUCAACUAGCGCACAUUGAAACGUCAACUCGCCCGCAUUUGCCAAACAAUGUUUGAAAGGUUUCUAACAUGUUUUAUAGAGCAACUUUCUAACAUGUUUCUAACAUGUUUUAUAGAGCAACUUUCUAACAUGUU